AUGGAAGAUUUUGAUAUUUUAGAAAAGGCUUUAAAAAACCUUGAAGCUACUGAGGCAUCAGAAGAAAAAGCCAGUAAUUUUGAAAGUCUUUAUAAAAAUUGGGGAAAAAGUGGUAGCCAAGAAGAAAGAAGGAAGCAGUUAUUAGAGAAUCAGAAAGGGCAAAGGAAGAAUAAAAUCGAUAAUUUUCGUGGAAUCUUGGAUCUUGUAAAUGCUGUUGAGGAAAACAAGCUCUUUAAACCAUAUAAAAAGGUGCCAUACAGGCCAAAUAUAUAUGUGUCUGGUUUUCACAAGACUUGUUUGACAUAUAGCAAUGUUUUGAUGUUGUCCGAGUGGAUGAUUGAAAAGCCGAAUGAUUUUGCCACCAAUUGGUAUGUGCUGCCAUGUCCCAAAGGCAUAAGGUUACUUGUUGUAGCUAAUCAUGGCACAACUAAGUUCUACACUAAGCGUGGGCAAUUUAAGUUUGAGUGCAACACUGGUUUACCUGGAGGCAAUCCUUAUAACUACUACCGUAGGAACUGCUGUGUGUUAGACUGUUUCUAUAAUGAAAAAAAUAACACAGUAUACCUCAUUGACAUGCUUGCUUGGAAUAAUCAACCUAUGACCGAUGGAGAGACAGAAUUUAGACAAUAUUGGAUGAAAACUCAACUUGAAGAUUUCCCAGAUACAAAAACAAUCAAUAAGAAAAAUAAGGUUAUUAUAAAAUUACUGCCCAUGAUGCCAUGCACAACACACUUUCUUAGUUUUCUUUUAAGCACCUAUCCACAGUUUGAAGAUAACAAUCCUCCUUUAGAUGGUCUCCUAUUCUAUCACAAACGUGCUCACUAUGUGGCCGGUGAGACACCUCUGGUUGGAUGGCUUUACCCAUAUAUGAUACCUGAAGUACUUGGAGAAGAUAUAACGAUGCAUCCUGGAUACAUGUCUGAAAAACCGGAUGAUUAUGUGAACCAGGCUGAGUUUAUUAAGCAGUUUGAAGAGAAAUUGUCGAAAAAGUACAGAAGAUCAACCCAAACUAAUGAAAUGGAGAUAGAAAGUAACAAUGAGAUGGAAUCAUCAGGAGGAUCUCAAGUGAAUGGUACCAAAGAAAUAAAAAAUCAAGAAUCAUUUGAGACACAGGAUAUAGAACUGGAUAUAGAAGAAAAAUCUGAUGAUAAAUAA